CCCUCCACACCCUGCAGUCUCUGGGAAGUUCCUCCGCAUUCCUGCCAUACACACACACACAUUAUGCACAUAGCCGGAGAGCUGGGAGGAACCUCACACUGAGGCUGGACAGGAGUUUGGAGGGGCCCUGCUGCAGGACCAGAGACCAGAACCUCUUCAUCAGCGCUCCCUGCCAGUCUCACCAUGAGUAAGGAGGGAGGUGAUGAAGGUGUCAGCAGCAGCAGUGAAACAGCCCAGCAACCGGAGGAGAAGACUCCAGCUGGGAAGGGCCUGAGCAAACUGAGUGCUGUCACCACAGGACCAGGCUGGACUAAAGUUAGUUGCCCGUGCUGUUUCUCGGAGCGGGUCGAGCCGUUGGUUCUGGUGAAACUCGGAGAGAAAGUUCGCCCUGAGACAAAACGGUGGCUCAUCAGAGUGAUUGGAGCUCCUCAAAAAGAUGGAGGUGCUGAAUUACUGGCCCACCCAGGCGAAGAUGCCAGUGGUGACAUCAUUGUGGUCGCUGCCCCACGCUGUACAUUACUUAAGGUCACUGAAGAGUUGGGUCUGUGUAAGACUUACCACACCGGGGAGGUGGAGGCCUUCUCCUACCAUGACAGAGACAACUUUAAAGAUUCAGACAACAUGGAGGUGUUCCUCACUCUGGCAGAGCGGCAGCACAUGGUGAAGUAUGAGCUGGACGGUCUGCGAGCGCAGAGAGACCUGAGAAUACCCGGCAUGCCUGACAGCUUCGCACUGCAAAACCGUGACAACAUCUGGCAGAAGCUCGGGUCAGCUGGUGUUAUUGUGGACACGUAUCCCCUCCACAACACGGACAAACUGAAGAGUCUCAGUGAAGCCUGGUACACUGGGAAUCAGCUGGCUCAGCCGCUGGAUUCAGUCAAUGAGUAUUUUGGAAGCUCUGUGGCUUUCUACUUCAGCUUCCUCGAUUUCUACACCUGGUCUCUGCUCCCUCCAGCGUUACUGGGCCUGACCAUCACAUACUUCUCAGGUGAGGUUCAGAAGGAGAUCGAGGAGUCAGUCUCAGGCUUGCCAGCCACAGAUCUUGAAGAUGACUCAGGACCAGCUGUCGGCGGUCACAUGAUCCAGGCGGUCUUUAGCAUUCUCUGGUCCACAGUUGUUAUGGAGCUGUGGAAGCGUCGGAGCUCCUCACUUUCCUACCGUUGGGGGACCCUGCACCUUGCCGAGCGCUUUGCAGAGCCCCGACCUGGUUUCCACGGUGACCUCGGGGUGAACCCUGUGACAGGUCGUGUGGAGCCGCUCUUUCCUGAAUGGAAGAGGGACCUGCGUAUGGCACUGGUGUCGGUCCCAGUGGUGGGGCUGUUUCUAGGUUUAGUCAUACUGGGUAUGAUUGGUUUCUACUGGGGGGAAGCCCAGGUGCAACAGCUAAACACAGACUGGGACUCCCUGCUGUCUCAGACUUUGAUCUACAUGCCCUCAGUGCUUCACAUCGUCUACACAAACAUGCUAGCGACUGUUUACAGGACAGUGGCACUGUCUCUGACUGAAUUUGAGAACCACAGAGAAGAGUCUUCCCAUGAGAAUCAUCUGACAGCCAAAGUCUUAGUGUUCACCUUCUUCAACUACUUUGCAGUGCUCUUCCACAUCGCCUUCUUCAAGCAGGAUGUGCCUUUGCUCCGUAAGCGCCUAGCAUCUUUACUGAUAGUGACCCAGCUGGUGAACCAGGUGACAGAGGUGGUCAUACCCUUCCUGGUGGACCGCUUCAUCAGCGCCCCCAAGAGGACAGAGAGUGAGGACGACCCAGAUGAGGACAAAUUUAGGAAUCAAGGCACCCUGCCUGCUUUCCCAGGCUUGUUUGCAGAGUACAUCGAGCUCCUGGUGCAGUUUGGGUAUUUGAGUCUUUUCUCUUGCGUGUAUCCCCUGACGGCCGUGCUGCUGCUCAUCAAUAACCUAACAGAGAUCCGAUCGGAUGCUUACAAGAUGUGCAAACUCUUCCGGAAACCCUUCUGCUCUCCUGUGUCUAACAUGGGCGUGUGGCGGAUUGCUUUCGAGGUCCUGAGUUUUGUCUCUGUUGUGUCCAACUGCUGGCUACUGCUGCUGUCACCAUGGAUACAAAGGCUGUCUCAGGAGGGCGAGUGGAGCAGCACAAACAUUCUGCUGAUGGCUGUUUUGGUGGAGCAUGUGCUGAUCUUGGUUAAGGUGGUUUUGUCGGUGCUGAUCCCCGAUGAACCGGACUGGAUCCGUAAAAAGAGAGAGCAUAUUGAGUUCACAUCCAGGCAGGCCUUGAGAGAGCAGAAACUGCAUUCUAAAGAGUCUUGAUUGCAUUUCAAAGCGCUGAUGCUUCAUGUUGUCCUGUGCUGGGCUGCUACAACUAGAAGUACCAACCUCAGUGUUGUGUGGACCGGCAGAGGAGAAGACGAGUCUCCGAUCUCCAGAAGGGCCCACAAUGUAUACUGCUGUGCACGUAUCAAUAUUCACCCCGUACACUUGUCUAGUGUUUCUGCUGCUCUCACUAAUUAACAAGGUGCCUCCAAUGUGCACCCUUUGAUAUGCACUCAUAUUACAUACAGUAUAUACUGCAAGUGCAAUUGAAACAGCAGCAGCUAAAAAGUGUUUUGCUUUUUUUUUUCAAUAUUAGACAGCAGAUGGAAUGUAUUGGUUAUGUUUGCAGAGUAGAUGCCCUUUUAAAAAGAUAAUGUUAUGAUAAUGGAGGUUUUCACAGGCUUUGCUCAGAUUUAAUGAGGGAAAACUGAAGAGCUCUUGUAAAAUCACUAUGGCUACAGUCUGUACAGUCAGCAUUUACAGAAGUAAAGGACAGACAGGACAAAGUGUUUUAUAUUAUGGGCAGGUUCAUAAACAGACAGAAUACUUGACAAAAUCAUCCUUGUUUUGGCAGGAGGACUCUUUCAGGAGGGUGUUUGCUAAGAUUUCUUUGUGAUAAGCUACAGGUAGUGUUAAGGAUUCAAAAGGACAGUAUCAUCACUUGAGGGAUUAUGAGAUAAAAAGAUAAAACUUUAUUUAUCUCAAAGGGAACUGCUGUGGAAAGUUUCAGUACAAAAGGGGAAGAGUGCAAAUAUACAGAGUGCAAAUAUUAGUCUUUAAGACAAAAAGCAAAAAAGUGUCUUUAAUCAGAAUAGGGGUUGGCUCGUAGUAAUGAAACCACCAGCAAUUAUCACCCAACAGUGCAGUUCUCCUCAGCUCUGCAGAGUAUUUUAGCACCUUUUAGCUCAUUGUUUUGGUUUUCUGGUCCUGCAGCUUUGCACUUUUGAUUGACUUUCACAACUCAAAUAUCAGCCUGAAGUCAGCUGUUUUCAGUAAAAAGAAAACUCUGAUAAACCCAUUUUGUUCUACCAAGCAGCAGACACACAGUUAGAGACUAGCUGGUGAACAUAAUGGAGCAUUUAGCAGCUAGAGGGCCAGAUACUUCCCUAAGGAGUUGGUGGGGACCAAAAGCAGAGCUAAAAAGAAAGUAAAUUAAGGACAUCAGGUGCACAGAAACACAGCUCCAAAUAAAUGAUAAUGUUACUCUGUGAGGGCUGGAUGUGUAAAUAAGCAACUCUUUAGAAGUUAGCCAUGCCAACUCUUUAAAGGGGUAUUAUGUUAAAGAGACACCCCCAAAUCAAAAGUACAUAUUUUUCCUCUUACCUGUAUUGCUAUGUAUCAGUCUAGAUUGUUUUGGUGUGAGUUGCUGAGUGUUGGAGAUAUCAGCUGUAGAGAUGU